AACACGUCAUCAAGAUGGAGGCUAUCUGGCGAAGCAUGACUCAGAAAAGAAACAAACUACUAGCUUUUCUUGGUCGUUUGACCUCUUUAAGUUACUUUAAGGAUUCUCCGAUAUAAUCUAUUUAAUCUUCAGCUGUUAUGUUUAUUUUUAGUCGGUUUUGUUUGGUUCUAAGUAUUUUUCUUGGCGUUUUGAGUCUAUGCUAUGUGGAAGACCCUCAACAAGAGGUUGUUGGGAAACCAUCGUCGAAGGCAGUUGAUGAACAGACCAAUACGGCCGCACAAGACAACGUGUUUCUGAGUCAUCAGCACAUUUUACCUCCUCCCCAUCUUCAUCAUCAUCAUCUUUAUCAUCAUCAUCAUCUGAAAUAUCUGUGUUAUCAUCGUCCUCAAAUUCUGUUGAACUGGCAAAUGGCAUGACAUCUGUUGUGGGCAUCUCUACAUCUGAACUUGAACAGCUGGUAUUACCAACUGUAGCCCCUGCCACACCUCAGUUUGAUGUUGAAACCAUAUCAACAUCGSUGCYACUCAAAACAAGUAAUACAGAGACUGUAUCACAAGAGGAACCUGUGAAAGAGAGURAGAAACGAUUUCCAGACWCAAAGGCUUCCAAUGUUGGGUUAAAUGCUAUUUAUAAMGAUGAAAAGAAAAARGAUGAUGAUAAGGUGGCUAUAAUAGGGAAGCAGGAAGGAAGUUCUGAUUUWAGAGAAAAGAACGAGAAGCCUUUGAUAGAAAAUAUGCAAGAUGAUACAAGGGACACUAGUGUUCCCAUCGAUUUUAUACCAUCUGGCAARAAAGAUGGAAWGGAAGUUCAAUCAGAGGAAAAAGUUGACGAUAGCAAAGUUGCCAUACAAACGAAAGAAGAGGAAAACUUAGAGCCAAAGAAAGAAAAGGAAUUACUUGAGAGKYUAACAGAAAAUGUCGAGGAAAUAAAAGAGAAAGCCGAUAAGAAGGUCGAGGAGAAGAAGGAGGAGGAAAUAGAAAAAGCUGAUAUUGAACCAAAGAAAGAAACAAAAAAAGAAGACAAACAACAAGAAGAUAAAGAAGAACUGCAAGAUCAAGAUGAAAGGAAAGGAGAAAAACUAGAGGAAAAGCCUAAGGAAAAUCAACAGAUGGAGAAAGAGACAAAAGACACAAAAGAACCACAAGAAGACGUUAGCAAAGAGAAAUCUGAGUCACUUGCGGUAGCAGAUGACAAAGAUGAAGACAGCAUCACAGCWAAGCUAAAACAAGCUGAACAAGAGACCAAUACACCUUCAGAAGACAUGCCAUCUUUUGACGAGUUUAAACGUCAACUACAACAAGAAGAAGAGAAGCAAAAGUCAAUGUUGAAGAAACAAAAAGAUGAACAAACAGUGCCUUUGGGUAUGGUUUGCGUUUCCUAAAAUUAUUAUUUUUUA